UGGACGGGCGGCUCUACAGAGAGUCCAGGGGACGGUUGCUGAGCGGGCCUGGGACACCGGGUCGCGGCUCCUCCCGCCUGCCCGUCUCUAAUCCAUCUGCCGGGUCCCGAACAAGCUAACCCGAGCCCGCGCCAGACGGGUGGGCUGGACUGAGAGAAUCCUCUGAGCUGGUGACAGGUGCUACAGGCACUGGGGACGGACAGAGCUAGGGGCCCGAGAGAUGGCGGACGAGGCCUUAGCUGGGCUGGAUGAGGGAGCCCUUCGGAAGCUGCUGGAGGUCACAGCAGAUCUGGCAGAGCGGCGGCGCAUCCGUUCGGCCAUCCGGGAGCUGCAGCGGCAGGAGCUGGAGCGCGAGGAGGAGGCCCUGGCAUCCAAGCGCUUCCGUGCAGAGCGGCAGGACAACAAGGAGAACUGGCUGCACUCUCAGCAGCGGGAAGCCGAGCAGCGGGCUGCCCUGGCACGGCUGGCGGGGCGGCUGGAGUCCAUAAGCGACGUGGAGGAGCUGACCACGCUGUUGCGAAGUGCCGGUGAGUAUGAGGAACGCAAGCUGAUCCGAGCCGCCAUCCGCCGCGUCCGGGCUCAGGAGAUUGAGGCUGCCACCUUGGCUGGGAGGUUGUGCAGUGGGCAUACCAACAGUGGCUCAAGAGAGGACAGCAAGGGGCGGGCAGCACGUAGGCUGGAACGGUGUGAGGUGCCAGAGCGAGAGGAACGGGAGCAGCAGGCAGACGUCCCAGAGUCAACCCCAACCCCUGAGGGCACCAGCCAUGAUGUGACCACAGUGACACUCCUGCUGCAGGCCCCGCCUGGGGGCACACCCGGCUCACCUGCCUCACCCAACAGUUCACCCGCCACUGCCUCUCCUGAGCCUCCCCUGGAGCCUGCCGAGGCCCAUUGUCCUGCAGCUGAGGCUCCAGGCAGCCCUGAGCCACCCCCGAGCCCACCCAACGCCACCAGCCCUGAACCCCAGGAGUCUCCAGCACCCCCCAGCACUGAGAGGCAGGUGGUCAACAAGCUCCUGUCUGGCCCCACAGAGCCCCCUGCUGCCCAGAGCCCCACCAGAGGCCCCUCUGACACCAAGAGAGCAGACCUGGCUGGAUCCCGACCCUGCCAGCGCUCCCUGUCUGUGCUCACUCCCCGCCAGCCAGCCCAGAACCGAGAGUCCACUCCCCUGGCCAGUGGACCUUCCCCGUUCCAGCGGGCUGGCUCUGUGCGUGACCGCGUCCGCAAGUUCACAUCAGAUUCUCCUCUGCCUGCUGGGCUCCAGGACAGCCCACCUCGUGCCGCCCUCGGUUCCCUGACCCCCACAAGGCUCCUGGGUCCCUCCCUCGCCAGCACAACCCCUGCCUCCUCCUCCAGCGGCUCCUCCUCUCACAGUCCCAGUGACACCUCCUCCCGGUUCAGCAAGGAGCAACGAGGAACAGCCCGGCCCCUGGCCCAGCUUCAGAGCUGCCCCCGGGAGGACAGCCCCGGUGGGCGUGGCUUAGCUGCCAGGUCCCUUGAAAACGGAGCAGGGGGGGCCGUGGCCCGCUCAGAGGAGCCCAGUGCCCCGCUGGCUGUGGCCGUGGGCACCGCUGAGCCAGGGGGCAGUAUGAAGACCACAUUCACCAUCGAGAUCAAGGAUGGCCGUGGCCAGUCCUCCACGGGCCGGGUGCUGCUGCCCACAGGCAACCAGAGGGCAGAACUGACACUGGGGCUGCGGGCACCCCCCACCCUCCUCAACACCAGCAGUGGGGGCAAGAACACCAUCACCCAUGUCAGCGGCCCUGGGACCCUGGCCCGGCUGGGCAGUGUCACUCACGUCAGCAGCUUCAGCCAUGCCUCCCCUGGUGGCCGAGGAGGAUGCAGCAUUAAGAUGGAGCCAGAGCCCGCGGAGCCUCCCUCCGCCGCAGUGGAAGCGGCCAACGGCGCUGAGCAGACCCGGGCGGACAAAGCGCCAGGUGGGCGGAGCCCACUGAGCGCUGAGGAGCUGAUGGCCAUCGAGGAUGAGGGAGUCCUGGACAAGAUGCUGGAUCAGACCACGGACUUUGAAGAGCGGAAGCUCAUCCGGGCCGCGCUGCGUGAGCUCCGACAGAGGAAGAGAGACCAGCGGGACAAGGAGCGAGAACGGCGGCUGCAGGAGGCACGGGCCCGGCCAGGGGAGAGCCGUGGCAACACAGCCACCGAGACCACCACGCGGCACAGCCAGCGGGCGGCCGAUGGCUCAGCUGUCAGCACCGUUACCAAGACCGAGCGGCUCGUCCACUCCAAUGAUGGCACCCGGACGGCCCGCACCACCACAGUGGAGUCGAGUUUCGUGAGGCGCUCAGAGAAUGGCAGUGGCAGUACCAUGAUGCAAACCAAGACCUUCUCCUCCUCCUCCUCCUCAUCCAAGAAGAUGGGCAGCAUCUUCGACCGCGAGGACCAGGCCAGCCCGCGGCCCGGCAGCCUGGCGGCGCUGGAGAAGCACCAGGCGGAGAAGAAGAAAGAGCUGAUGAAGGCGCAGAGUCUGCCAAAGACCUCAGCCUCUCAGGCACGCAAGGCCAUGAUCGAGAAGCUGGAGAAGGAGGGCGCCGCGGGCAGCCCUGGCGGACCCCGCACAGCCGUGCAGCGCUCCACCAGUUUCGGGGUCCCCAAUGCCAACAGCAUCAAGCAGAUGUUGCUGGACUGGUGCCGAGCCAAGACGCGCGGCUACGAGCACGUGGACAUUCAGAACUUCUCCUCCAGCUGGAGUGAUGGGAUGGCCUUCUGUGCCCUGGUGCACAACUUCUUCCCUGAGGCCUUUGACUAUGGGCAGCUUAGCCCUCAAAACCGGCGCCAGAACUUCGAGGUGGCCUUCUCGUCUGCUGAGAUGCUAGUGGACUGCGUGCCCCUGGUGGAGGUGGAGGACAUGAUGAUCAUGGGCAAGAAGCCCGACCCCAAGUGCGUCUUCACCUAUGUGCAGUCGCUCUACAACCACCUGCGGCGCCACGAACUGCGCCUGCGCGGCAAGAAUGUCUAGCCUCCCCGCCCGCACGGCCCGCCCGCGGCAAGCUGCCGCCCCCACCCUCGGGCACCGUCCCUCCUUGUGCGCCUGCCCACCGCCGCCCUGUCUGUCGCGACACCCUGCCCCGCACACGCAGCGUUUUGAUAAAUUAUUGGUUUUCAAUGA